AUGGUGAAGUGCCUGCGCUGCCCGGUGUCCUACCACACGCCCGCCUGCACGCCGCACAACGUCCAGCGCGUCCCCGGCUGCGUCAAGGGCGUCCUCUGCUCCCGCUGCCGCACGGUGCCACCCAAGAAGUACGUGAUGCCGCCCAAGGACCUCGAGCCGGAGGGGCGGAACCGGCGGCAAAAGCGAGGCACGCGCGCGCAGUGGCCCGCCGCGCAGGCCGCCGCCGAGGGCGACGGCACAGGCGCAGGCGCAGCGGGGCCACGCCGGCUCGGCAGGCACUGCGGGCGCUGCUACUGGCGGACGGCGGCGGCGCAGGGCCGCGGAUCCCGCCUGCGCUGCUGGUGCACGUGA